AUGACCGACUGGUCAAGGAAGCUAGAUGACGCGUUGUGGGCAUACCGCACAGCGUACAAAACCCCUAUUGGCACUUCUCCUUAUCAGUUAUACUUCGGCAAGGUUUGUCAUCUACCCGUAGAACUAGAGCACAAAGCCAUGUGGGAUUUAAAAAGGUUGAACUUGGACUGGGCUGAAGCUUUAAAUUUGAGGUUCAAAUUGUUUCCGGGCAAGCUCAAAUCGAAAUGGUCCGAUCCGUUCAAGGUGGUAGAUGUAUCCCCUUUUGGAGCUGUGGAAUUAGAAUCGGAGGAUGGGCUCCAAACCUUCAAAGUAAAUGGUCAGCGAGUCAAGCACUACUUGGGCACAGAUGGAGAAAAAUACUUGGUGGAACAGUUGGCUCUCAAAGGUGGUCCAUGUCCGACCAAUGGGUGA